AUGGAAUAUUCUCAAUCUACCAUGUAUUCUUCUCCUAGUUCUUGGAGCUCAUCACAAGAAUCAUUCUUAUGGAACGAGAGUUUUUUCUUAGAUCAAUCAUUCACUCACCAAUCUUUAUUUUGCGCUGAUUAUAAUUACUCCAGCGACUUAUUCUCAUUUGAGUCACCGGAGAUGAUUAAAGAAGAAGCCCAAAACGCCGACGUUUCUAACUCCGAGGAGGAAGAAAAGAUUGGUAAUGCUAUUGAUGAAGAGAAGGCGUACAGAGGAGUGAGGAAAAGGCCAUGGGGAAAAUUUGCUGCGGAGAUAAGAGAUUCAACUAGAAAUGGAAUUAGGGUUUGGCUCGGGACGUUUGACAAAGCCGAGGAAGCAGCUCUUGCUUAUGACCAAGCGGCCUUUGCAACAAAAGGGUCUCUCGCGGUUCUUAACUUCCCCGUGGAAGUGGUCAGAGAGUCGCUCAAGAACAUGGAGAAUGUGAAUCUUGAUGAUGGUGGAUCUCCAAUUAUGGCCUUGAAGAGAAAACAUUCACUUAGAAACAUUCCUAGAGGGAAGAAGAGAUCUUCUAACUCUUCUACUUGUUCUUCAAAUUCUUCUUCUAAUUCAUCUUUGUCCAUAUCUUCUUCCGCCUCAUCUUCAACAUCAAGAAGUAAUAAGCAGAGUGUUGGGAAGCAAGAAAGUGGUACACUUGUGGUUUUUGAAGAUUUAGGUGCUGAAUAUUUAGAGCAACUUCUUAUGAGCUCAUGCUGA